AUGCCUGCAAGACUCAACGCAACAGCAAUGCCUUUCCGCUCUUCGCGGCUAGCACUCCCUCAAUCACCCUUCACACCUUUGAUUCCCAUCACCCCUCACCCUCAACAACUCAAACGCACAUUCUCGGCAACAGCAGAUGUAGAUCUGAUCAAGCAUCUCCCGCCUCCCUCUCGCCAACCUCAACAAUGGCUCUGGUCCUGCCACCUCUGCGGCCGCCACUACAACCUCGGCGUCACCCGCCGCUGUCUGGACGACGGCCACUACUUCUGCGCCGGCACCUCGAUGGUCAAAUCACGCAAAGACAACAUCAAAAGACUUCGUCGCCAUAAAGCUUGUGCAUCAGAAUUUGACUACGCAGGGUGGAAAGACUGGGGUGUCUGGAAGAGAGGCCUUAUCGCUUUGACAGAGCAGCAGAGGCAGCUUGCUAAAAGCUGUGACAGUGUUUUUGAUGACGAGGAGUCUGGAGAUGAGGCUUUGGAGGAGAUUACUACGCAGGCUUCUAGACGCACGUCUGCGUGGCGAGUGGGUAAGCCUGUUAUUCCGACACGACCAGUGAAGGAUUGCUGGAAUCGCUGCGAUUACCCUUCUGAUUGUCGCUGGGGCAAACAGUUUGGUCUUGAGACACCUCUACAAGCUACCUUUCCUGUCCUUCAUCGCGUUUCCAGCACGCCAAACACCAAGAGGACCAUAUCAGAAGACGUUGACUUCGAAGACGUGGAUUUGAGUACAGCAAAGACACAUUUCAGAGACAUCCUCACCGCAGAGCAACAACAAGUCGUUGCCGAGACCAUCGAUGGUGUCGAAGUCGAAGAAGCUUCUCACUCGUCAACUGCCACGCCUGCACUCGCUGAUCUUGCGAACUUGGUCUCCAGAGCACAGAGAAGACACUCAAGAAGCGAAGUUCCUACUUCACCACUCGCCACUACCGAAGCAAGACCCACAGCCACGCGAACAUCGUCAAGGGAAUCACUAAGAAGAGCAGUAGAAGGCAGCAUCGGCGCCAUUGCCGGCUUCAUAUUUGACAUCGCAGAUGAGCAUGUGCAGAAGAAGACGAGGAGGAAGAGUUUUGGUUAA